GAUGUUUUACGCUUUGGUGGUUUUACUUUUCUUUCUCUCUUCCGAAGAAGCUCUGACCCUCAAAAUUUGCUCCUUCAACGUCAGGUCUUUCGGAGUGGCAAAGCUGGAGAACCAUAAGGCUAUGAAUGUCAUCGUCAAGGUUAUCACUCGCUGUGAUGUCAUCCUCCUGAUGGAAAUAAAGGACAACAGCAAUCGCAUAGGUCCUGCUUUGUUGCAAAAGCUUAACAGUAAAUCACGAGACAAAAAAGAAUUCAACUACGUAAUCAGCCGUCGGCUAGGAAGAAACAAAUAUAAAGAGCAGUAUGCUUUUAUCUAUAGAGAAAACCUGGUGUCAGUGAAGAACACCUAUCAGGUACCUGAUUUUCAAAAAAAAAAUGGAGAUGUAUUUUCCAGAGAACCUUUUGUGGUCAGGUUCUUCUCCCCUCGCACAGUGGUUAAAGACUUCGUGAUUAUUCCCUUGCACACUUCCCCUGAGACCUCAGUACUGGAGAUUGACAAGCUCGUUGAUGUUUUCGGGGAUGUGAAACAGCGAUGGAAGUUAGAGAAUUUCAUCUUUAUGGGCGACUUCAAUGCUGACUGCAGCUAUGUCCCAAAGAAAUCCUGGAAGGAAAUCCAGCUCAGAACUGACCCAAGAUUUGUCUGGCUGACUGGUGAUGAUCUAGACACAACAGUGAAGGAAAGCACAAACUGUGCUUAUGACAGGAUUGUGAUUCAUGGCAAAAGUCUGAGGAGUGCCAUUAUCCCAAACUCAGUCAAUGUCUUCAACUUCCAGGUGGCCUAUAAAAUGAAUGAAGAAGAGGCCCUGCAAGUCAGUGACCACUAUCCAGUUGAGGUUGAGCUGAAAUCUUUGCGAUGGUCUAAGAAGAAUCAACCACCAAAGAAAAAGAACUGAAAAUACCAAUUUUACUGCCAGGCUCUUUUGCCCGUGAUGCUCAUUGAUUUUUUCUCUGCAAUUCCCCCAAACCCCAACCCCAGUAUAAGCCUCUGUAAAUCUAUCAAAGUUGAAAGUUCACUUUGAGUAUUUUAAAGCCUUGUAAAUCAUUUUAGAUAAUUACAAGAACCCUCACUAAUGGAUGAUAUUAAGUAUUAAAGGUGAAAAGUGAAUCAGGCUUAAGGAACACUGCUGACUCCUUAAGAUA